CGCUGUGGACGCAGGGGAGGACGCAGUGGCUAUUUAAAGAGGGUCAUCCAGUCUCGGAUAAAUAACACAGGGUCCACAGCGGUGACGAGCCGCCUCUAAAUGGUCAUCACCCCCUGCGCUGCUAUUGUCCGCUAGAGCAGACCGCCGCUCCGCCGGACAGCCGCUGCGCUGGAGCUGACAGCCGCCCGUCAACCACACAGCCCGAUCUGCUCUUCUUCACCGGGGCUUUUGUUGGGGGGGUGGGCUGAAAAAUGGGGAAAGAUUACUAUAAAAUCCUGGGUAUCUCUAAAGGAGCUGCGGACGAGGACAUCAAAAAGGCUUACAGAAAGCAGGCGCUGAAAUGGCACCCGGACAAAAACAAGGCUGCAAAUGCUGAGGAGAAAUUUAAGGAGAUCGCCGAGGCAUACGAAGUCCUCAGUGAUCCUAAAAAAAGGGAAAUAUAUGAUCAGUACGGAGAGGAAGGCCUCAAGGGAGGGAACGGGCCCACUGGUGAUGGACAAGGCAGCAACUUCACCUACACCUUCCACGGGGACCCGCACGCCACCUUUGCCACGUUCUUUGGAGGUGCUAACCCCUUUGAGAUGUUCUUUGGGCGUAAGGCCAACGGGAGAGAUGACGAGGACAUGGAGGUGGAUGGAAACGACCCCUUUGGCUCCUUCACCAGUUUCAACCUGAACGGAUUCCCUCGUGAGCGGCACGUGGGCCUCGGAGGGCAGCAGCGGCGGAAGCAAGACCCGGCCAUCCACCACGAACUGAGGGUCUCCCUGGAGGAGGUUUUCCACGGCUGCACCAAGAGGAUGAAAAUCUCUCGCAAAAGGCUAAACCCGGAUGGCAGGACCAUGCGCACUGAGGAUAAGAUUCUCACUAUCGAGAUUAAGCGGGGCUGGAAAGAAGGCACCAAGAUCACUUUUCCACGGGAGGGAGAUGAGUCGCCCACCACCAUUCCUGCCGACAUUGUUUUCGUCAUCAAGGACAAGCCACACCCACACUUUAGGCGGGAAGGCUCUAACAUUGUGUAUCCUGUGCGGGUUAGCUUACGACAGUCUUUGUGUGGAUGUUCGGUAACCGUGUCUACGAUAGACGGGAAGACGUGCAACAUGAAGAUCACGGAUGUCAUCAAACCUGGCAUGAGAAAGACAGUUGCGGGACAGGGUCUCCCCUUCCCAAAAAACCCUGAGCAGAGAGGGGAUCUGGUGGUGGAGUUUGAUGUGAACUUUCCUGAAACUCUGCCUGGCAAUGCUAAGGACGUCCUGAAGCGGCAUUUACCCGCCUAGGAGGAAGGGCAUGGACAAAGCAAAGGGUGACAUCCACAUGCCAGCACCCACUCACUUUACCAGGCACACACACACCCACACUCACACACACACACAAACCCACAGAAGGACAAUGCUGACAAUUCACAGAUGGACCCCCUUCUGAAGAAUGUGCAAUUUCUAUUUUUUAUGUAUUUGGUGUUUUUAUAAAUACCGUGCAUGCCGCCGCAUUGAUAUAAGUGCAAGUAAAAGGUUGCUGAGGUUGGUGAUAUCUGAGAGUAAACAUUUUAUGUAUGUGGACCUUAGCCACAAUCGCUUUAUCUUUUUUAUUUCUUUGUGUUGUUUGUGUUGGAUUUGGAAGGAUUUGGCAGUGAGUGUGUCUCCAGUUGCCAAACAACCCCAGUAAACUUGGGAAAACUGCUGUGCAAAACAGCAUGUUCUCAUGCUUUUAUUUACAUUUGAAAGGCUCCAUCAAUGAAGUCUGUUACUUGUUAAUAGUCUUUAACGUUUAUUUUCUCAUGAAGAGAUACAAGUCUCUAAUUGGAGGCUGACUUAAAGCUAAAAAUUAAUGUAUACCUUAUAAAAUGGUGGGAAACAGAGGAAAAACAAAGCACUUUCUCAUAAAGUUUUGCAGUAAACUUUAGCAAAGUUUCUCUGAAUCAUCUAAAUGAUCUCAGCUGGAUCAUUUGUGAAAAAUACAUAUGAAGAUACUCUUGGACUUCGAGAUAAAUAUUUCCACAUGAAUUGAUCUUGAACUAUUUCAGAGUCAACUCGAAAAACAACAAAUGUAUAUUUUAACAUUCAAAUGUGAACAUUUUAUGGCUGUUAUGACUUAAACCAGUACCUAUGUGCAGAAAUCAAAUUAAAAAUAUAUUGGUUGAAUUUCUUCAGCACUUA